AAAUUUUAGGACUUCAACGACUUUUUUGCGUGCCCGGCAGCAUCAGCAGCAUCGGAGGUCUCAAACGGAUAUCAUUGGGCUGUGGACUUGGAGGUUCGCUGCAGCCGGUGACAGUUGCGCGUCUUUUGGGCCGGUUCCCUCGUAAUAUGGAUUCGAUAGCCGGGAUUUUAAGUGACCAAGUGAUAAGAAAACCGUAAACGUGUGGUGGGCUAAUGAGUGACUUGCCGUUUGUCCUAUCUUGAGGCGUUUUUUUUUAUAGUUCUUCGCUGGAGUGGUGUAAAAUGGAGAAACAGAAAUAGUGGAGAAGACACCCCACAGUGGAAAAUGAUAAGGGAAUCGUUUCUCGGUCUAUUGCUUAUCGUGGAAUACAAAGAAUGCGGUGAUUGAGAAGGAAAAGCGAAGAUUCUGUCCCAGUGAAGAAAAAAUUGUGUGGUAUUUCUGUCCCAUUAUAGAUGUGUCUAUACAUGUUUGUGGUUUCAUGCCAGUGUCGGUGAGGCGCUUUCCUGUUGUGUCCAUUUCUUUGGGGGGAAACUCGCAAGUGAAGUGUGUUAUCUGGAGAAGAGGAAGUGAGGGGAUAUCUCUCAUUGAAAGUUAAGUCAUUACCGUGCCUCGAGCAGGAAAAAGCGGAUACGCGACAAGAACGUCGUUCCACAAAUUCUUUUCUAAUCCCGUACACCAUUCCCGUAGUCAUGUCAACAAAUAGUAAUAACCUGAAGCUAUCUGGAAACAUAAUCGGUCUCGCUAACGGCAAACAACCACAACUACAGAAGACUAAACUGAAACAACCUCCGGUGACGUCUACAUCGACCAACGGACAACAACAGAGUGCACCGUCCACGGGACAGCCGACUCUUAAUGGUGCCCUCAAGACAGCCCUAGCACAACAUUCCCUGCAGAAACAGCAACAGCAACAACAACAGCAACAAGCCCAGGCAGCCCAGCAAGGCGCUUCUCAAAUUCCACCGAGAUAUCAACCGCCUCCACAACCUCCGGGAGGCAUCCUCAAGCACAUAAAUCACAACGGAGGUGCCCCACCCUUGGCCAGAUCCUCAACCGUUCCGGCGAUCGCUUACGCAACCGAUCAUCUAAACGGAACGAACUCACACCAUCACCUCAAAUUCCCACCAGAAAUCCCCAAAUCAUCUGGCCUCUACCUUCCGGAACACCUCAAGCAACAGCUCAAUCCAUCCCGUCUAGCGGUCCCCCGAACCCAUCUUCGGUUCUCGAACCAAAACCAAUUGAUCCCGAACAAUCACCAUCCGAGUCAGCUUCCGCAACCCUCCCACCAUCUUCCCCCAGCCCCACACGCCCGACUCAGUUCCGAAUCUUCAUCCGAAGACCAAACAACCACCAGCUCGACCCGAUCCCUCCAGCAACACCUGGGAUCGAAACCAUCCCAACCUUCCCCGCAACCCCAAUCCCAGGGCCACAUCCAACAGACCACGGCCAUCGUUCAUCACCAUCAGCCUCCAAGUCAACAACCUCAACAAUCAAACAGCAACAACUCGGGCACAAACAACAACACCACCUCCCAAAAACAGCAGCAGCAGCAGCACCUCCAACAACUUCAACAACAUCACCAGCAGCAGCAGCAACAACACCAGGAGAUGCUAAAGUUUGUCCGGAAGGCGGAAUCCGAAACUUCUUCGACGCCGACCUCUUCCAGUGGUGGUAACGGGGGUGGAGGUGGAGGAGGAGGAGGGGGUGGCAGCAGCAAUAACAGCGGAAACAGUCGGCUAGCGUCCAUUGAGCAGAACCGGCAUUUUCAGAAUCUGCUUGCCGAGCUGCGAGCGCUAAAAGAGGCUAACCAGCGGCUAAGCGACGACAACCAGGAGUUGCGGGAUCUGUGCUGCUUCCUGGACGAUGACCGGCAGAAGGGUCGCAAGUUGGCCCGGGAAUGGCAACGAUUCGGACGAUAUACAGCCAGCGUCAUGCGGCAGGAAGUUUCCGCCUAUCAGACCAAACUGCGGCAGCUGGACGACAAACAGCAGGAGCUGAUAAGAGACAAUCUGGAACUAAAGGAGCUGUGUUUGUAUCUGGACGAAGAGAGGAGCAAUACCAAUCGGCCACCACCGGUGUGCGGAAGUUGUGGAGGACCGGCCGGAAAUGGAUCGAACACUAGUGCGGCUGUUCCGCUGCGAGACGAUGGCGAUGGAAGCAGUUCCAGUACCAAUGCCGACGAGAACAACCUGCAUCAUCAGCUCAAUGGCGGUCAGUUUGGACGGAAUGGAUUGACGGACCUCAACCUCAGAACCACGCUCAACGACCAGACCUUGCAGUACGUCCGUUCUCUGGAGUCCCGAAUACGACAGCUGGAAGAGGAACGAUGUGCCAUUUUGAAAAAUCUACCCAUCCCAAGCCCAUCGACAAACGGAACAGUAACCGGAACAGUGAAUGGAGGAAUAUCAAUUCCACAGCAUCAAUCCAGCCCAAAUGUAGGCAACCAAGGAAGCAUUCAAAAUGGCAACGGAAUUCCAGCAACACUCACGACGACCGUCCCAGAUCCGAUAUCCGGUCGACCGGAAGCAGUCGUGCGUGCUCUUCAGGUACUGGAAGUGCGGGAACAGCUUGAGCGAGAACGAAUCGGACCGAACAGUACCCCGGAUCACCACCAGCUGGACGAUGGCGAAAAGGCUCUGGUCCGUGAGAUGUGCAAUGUUGUCUGGCGAAAGCUCGAGGAUGUUCCCAGCAAUACGGGCAUCGAUCAGCACGUUUGAUCUUUGAGUCCAAAUCUGUUGGCUCGACAUGACUUGGCGGUUUUUUGUCAAUUCCAAGUACGAGACACAACAUCCUCGGGGCGACGAGGAUGGCUAAAUAUGAGGCUUUUCUUGGGCGGUCGUCGAUGGAUUUUUUUUUCUCCAUUUCAAAUUGUUCUCUAGUCGACGAGGCCUGUUUUGCACUACUCAAAGAGGUUGGGAUCAUUGUUUGAUGUAUUUAUAUUCUUUGAUGAUGUACAAAUUAAUUAUAAUGAUUCUGCAAAACUUGGAAUGAGUUCGAGGGUCGAUUCAGAACCUUCGAGCUGCUAUCGAGAGCAACGGGCUAGAACAAACCGUAGAUAUGAAAUUCUUUCCAACUCUAGGCAGUAGAGUUUUCUAGGAAAAGAAGUAUUGAUCUACGGAAUCCAUCGUGUAAUUGUAGGAAUGAUAUAGGAUUAAUACCUGAUCCGAGGUCCAAUUUGGUAAAAUCACCUGCAGAAGUCGAAACAAUUUUUAUAAUUAUGUAGGUGAUGAACGGAGGAACAAACAAACAAACAAAUAGAAAAGGUUUCAAAAACCUGACCCACAGUUUUGGGUCUAAAGAAGCGCGCUAGAUUUGGAAACCUAUUCAAUUAGAGAGCUAAAGUAUUUAUCAGUGUUUAUUCGGUUUUAUAUUUAUGAAUAGCAGGGGUUGACCUUCGAUUGUACUUACGAAACAUGUGUAAUUAUUAAACUGAGAAGACGGAAGUUUGAACAUAUUCAAUGUAUAAAUUAUAUUACUCUCUUAAUUCGUCAGAUAUUGUGUAAAAACUCAUCGGCUAGGUAACUGACAGAAAUAAAUAAAUCCAACAGCUAUGAUAUUCAACACGAGCAACACUUCGCGCUAUGUAUCUGUGUAAUGUAAGAUUUCUUGUUAGAAUUGUUUUUUAUGUGUAUAAUUUUUAUUAUUUUUUUAUUAGACGGUUGUUAUUUUUAAAAA